AACCUGGUGAGUAUAUGAAGUUUGGAGUCAAUCUGACUGUUCAGGAGCUUGUCAAGGACUACCAGAAGUUAUCCAGCAUCCUGUCCAAAGCACCUGCAAAGGUCAGAGGUCACAUCUUAAUAGGGCCCAGUACUAUACCACUGGUUCAGACUCGUGUCAUAAAGUUUUUCAAUGAAUUUUUACAAUUAGGAGGUAGCAGUGCAGUAACAUCACCAAAUUUUCAUCAUUACUAUAUGGACCAAGCGAGUGCCUGCCUUAGAGACUUUAUUGACCCAGACAUACUUGAUGGACUUCAGGUAGAAAUUAACCAUGGAAAUGACGCAACCAAAAAGUUUACCAAAGGGAAACAACUGUGGAUAGGGGAGACAAGCUCAGCUUGGGGAGGAGGAGCUAAGGGUCUGUCUGAUACUUAUGUGGCAGCUUUCAUGUGGCUGGAUAAACUUGGUCUUGCUGCCAAAAGAAAUGUUGGUGCUGUUAUACGGCAGACAUUUUAUGGAGCAAAUUAUGGACUGAUAGACCACAUAACCAACGAACCAAAUCCUGACUAUUGGUUAACCUUUUUAUACAAGAAGAUGGUUGGAGAUUAUGUGUUUGAAACAACCUCAUCAGAUAAAAACAGGAGAGUGAGAUUUUACUGCCACUGUGCUGCAGAUGGAUUUCCCCCAGGCAGCCUCACUCUGUAUGGCAUGAAUCUGUACAAUUCUAAUGUGACGGUACAACUGAACCAAGAGUUUGAUACCUCUCACAUGCUGGUUUAUCUGAUGUCAUCUCUCAACAAUGAUCUCAAGUCUAAGUCAGUCCGUUUGAAUGGGAAAGUUCUAAGAAUGUCUAGCGAUGACAGUUUCCCUGAUAUCACACCUGUUAUAGUAAGAGGAAACCUAGAGAUGCCAGCAUAUUCAUAUGUAUUUGUUGUUCUACCGAAGGCUAAUAUUGCUUUGUGUAUAAAGUAACAGUAGGAAUGUUAUAUUAUGCUCAUGAUAUCAAUUUUAACAUGGAAUCUCAAUAUACAUGUAGGUACUUUAUGUUAUUUACUUGCAAUGAUUUAUUGAUACGUAAGGAAGUCUAAAAUAUUUAAGGAAUCACUGUCUAGUUAGUAUAUUAUGCCAGCA